GUUACUUCAGCAUCCAUAUGUAACACUUCAGCAAUCAAACAUGAUCGUUCACCGGGCAACUGGAUUCAGUAAACGAUCUCGUUUAAUUGUUCGCAAGUCCCAGGAAGUAGAAACAGAAGAUCGGAAUUGAGUCCCGUAUCGCUCUCGUGGUUUGUUUAUUCUGCCACACUUGAGGGCAAUUCAGUGUUCCAUAUGUUCCAUCAUCAACUUGGGGGACUUGCGCUGAUGAUACUUGGCGCACCUUCUCACCGCAUCGAAUCCCGGUUCAUUGCAGCAGCCCGCAUCCGCGCCCAGCAUCAUGAUGAUCUGUCCCAUUACUUAGCUCAUACGCUCUACCCAGGCCUUCCACUCCGCGUUCAUCAUUCGAUUGUACACGUGAACCUAGGCAGUCCCCCGGGGCCCCUCCUCCUAAACCCUGUAAAUUUUGUACACACACCCUUCCCUACGUCAGUCAUCCAACUAGUUUCCCGUCCUUCAUUAGACCGUACAUCAACUCGUUCAGGUUUUGUACUGCCUCCUGAACCGAUUCCACAUCCACUUCUCAGUGCUUCAAUUGUUCCUCCAUCCUUAGGUGUACCCUACCGUUCUCUGCUCCUGCAGCAGUGCACGAUCAUGUUCGGUUUCUAUGGCAGUCAAAGUAAUCGAGGAAUUGCAUUGAAGUAGUGGAAGAAAGUCUAUUGUAUUACUCGAUAUUAUUCUUUAUCUCAUAUCUGCCAUGUUCACUUGCGGGCGCAACAGGCCCUCA